UGUCAUUCGUAAGCAAAGGUAAUGCAAUAAAAGUUUUGCGCGCGCAUUUCCAUUUUCAACUCUCGCGACAUCGUUGACGAAAAUGUACCUCGGUACAUAACGGAGCGCCAGCGCCACAUGGUGUGGGUGUAUAAAAAAAAUAACAUUCGAUUCGUGUGUGUGUGCUCGCUCGCUCUCGCUUUCUCUCUCUGUCUAUCGCGUAACAGCGGCUUUACCAAUUAAUGUGUCUUUGUGUGUGGGAGUUUGUGCGAGUGACUGACGAUUCCCUUUCGAAUGCAAUUCGUUUCGUUGAUUUCUUGCAGUCUCAGUUGUCGUCGUAGUCCUCUCGUGUGCUGCUCGUGGCCUCAGCGGCAGCAAAUGGCCCCAACAGCUCAGUGACGCGCCGUCGUGAGCUCAAAGACAGGUUAACGCGCUAUUUAACAAAAAUAAUACUGAAAGAGAGAAACCGCAAAACAAAAAUUUGUUAGCCAAUGACGAAGCAUGGAUUCUGUCAAUGUCAAUAGCCAAUCCGUGACAAGUGAAUUCAGUGAGCAACAACAACCCGAUGAACGGUCGAUGAACAACAACAAUACAACAGCAAUUAACAACAAUCACAGCAACCAAAGCAGCUACGGCAACUGCAACAUAAGUGCACACAAGCUCCUGGUCAGCGGCAACAUGAACACGACGGCGAUGCUGAUGCAUCACCAGCAGCAACAGCAGGCGGCAGCAGCGGCCGCCGCAGCAGCAGCAGCCCAACAACAACAACAGCAGCAGCAGCAACAGCAGCAGCAGCAGCAACAUCAGCAACAGCAACAGAAUGGUUGCCGCGACGGCAGCAACAGCUCGCGCGGAGCCGGAGACGAACGGCCAAAUGGACGCAGCUCACAUACGGGCAAUGGACGCGGCUCCAGCUGCUCGCCAGCCAGCAGUCCCACGCGGCAUGGCAGCGCUGUCAGCCCAGUGAGCUCCCUGAACCAUUCGAUGAUGGCGCAAAUGGCCCAGCAACAACAACAACAGCAGCAGCAGCAGCAGCAGCAGCAACAUCAUCAGCUAAGUCCGCCGCCGCAUGUCGCCGGAGCGCUGGGCACGGGACUGGCGCCACGCAUGCCGCACGGCUUGCCGCCGCACUCGCUGGGUCUGCUCAACUCGCUGCAGAUGAUGCACCACGCGUCGCCCUUGGAGCUGAUGGCCGCGGCGCAUCAUCAUGUGCCACCUCGUUCGUACAACUCGCCGCCGCCCAUCUCGACCUCGGAUCCCAGCGCCAAUGAGUGCAAGCUGGUGGAGUAUCGCGGCCAGAAGGUGGCCGCCUUUAUAAUCAGCAAUGAGACAAUGCUGUGCCUGCCGCAGGCUUUUGAGCUCUUCCUCAAGCACCUGGUCGGGGGACUGCACACGGUGUACACUAAACUGAAGCGACUGGACAUUGUGCCGCUCGUGUGCAAUGUGGAGCAGGUGCGCAUAUUGCGUGGCCUGGGCGCCAUCCAGCCGGGCGUCAAUCGCUGCAAGCUGCUCAGCUGUAAGGACUUUGAUGUGCUCUACAGAGACUGCACCACUGCCAGAUGCCUAUCGAUCAAGCCGCCAGAGAGUAACUCUCUGCAAUUCCGCAGUUCCAGACCGGGUAGACCGCCGAAACGUGGCCCUGUUGGCCUAUCGCUGCCGCCCUCGCAUCUCACACAGCAUCCGCAGCUGAAGAAGCAUCGCCUGGACAACGGUGACUAUGCCUAUGAGAAUGGCCAUAUUAGUGAUAUAAAUCGUAUGGAAAAGUCGCCGCUGUUGGCCAACGGCUAUAAUCCUCCGCCCAUUAACCACAUGGCCUUUAUGCAAAUUAAUGCCCAUCAUCCUGGCGCGGCGGCUCUCAUGUCGCCUGGCAUGCCUCCACACGGUCUCCACGCCCGUCCAGAGAGUCAAAUGCUGAAGGCGGCUGCUCAAAAUGCUGGCAUGUCGGCUGCCAAUAUGGAUGCACUGGCCCGCUCAGGCAUCUGGGAGAACUGCCGUGCCGCCUACGAGGACAUAGUAAAGCACUUAGAGCGCCUGCGCGAAGAGCGCACGGAUGAGAGACAGCAGGCCAUAUGCGCCGGUGGAGUUGACCGAUGCGGCAGUAUUGUGAACGAGCGGGAGUUGAAGCCCAGGGAUCUUAGCUCGCGCAAUUGCUCCCCCACGCGCCAAAGUCCAGUUCUCAACUUGAGCAAGUCCGGCGGGAACACGGACCAUGGCGGCAGCAACUGCGACGCCGGCAGCGACCGCAGCGAUUGUCUUUCGGCAGCGCCAUCGCCGCGUGGGUCGCGCAGCCUAGACGAAGGCAGCCGCAGCGUUGGCGGCGGUCCCAUAAUUGGCGUCGAGGACGACGAGGAGGAAGAGAAUCUGAGCGACGAGAACCAAUCCGAAGUCGAUGAACGCUGCUUGGCAAAAGACGACGAGGACUUGAGUGACACGGAGCGUGAUAAUCUAUCCACGGGUUCGGCGGCCGCUACCGCCGCCGCUGCUGCAGCUGCUGCUCACUUGCAUCAACAUGCUGCAGCCGCCACACACCAUCAUCCGGGACAAGCGCAUCAUCUCGGCGUGGUUGGCCAGCACGGAUCACCGACGGCUGAUGUAGCCGCCGCCGCAGCACUGCAGCAUCAGCGCGCCCUGAAUUACUCCCAGCUAGCGGCUGCUGCUGCCGUGGCCAAUGGUGCGGCAGGCGCCGCCGCCGGAGCGGCAGCAGCUAAUGGGCCUUCACCCGCCGUGGGUGGGGCAUUGACGCCUAAUGAGGCGUUGUUGGUGGCUUCCAAUGAUGGAACUGCGGCCGCUGCACUGGCUGGCGGGUUGGCUCUGGGUCCGCUCGGCCUCGAUGCUCAUGCCGUUGUGCCCGCAAGCUCCACGGAAACGUUGCUGAGGAACAUACAAAGUCUUCUGAAGGUGGCCGCAGACAAUGCCAGGCAGCAGGAACGGCAGAUCAGCUAUGAGAAAGCCGAGCUUAAGAUGGACAUACUACGCGAACGCGAGGUUAAAGAUUCCCUGGAACGUCAGCUUGUCGACGAGCGCAAACUACGUGUGCUCUACCAGAAACGGUUCAGACGCGAGCGCAAGAUUCGUAUCCGGUAUCAACAACAGUUGGGCGAUGAGAGCAGCAAAGGCAACACAAGCUCGAAUGCCAACAACGUCACCUGCAGCGAGGCAGAGCUGUGUGCAGGCAGCGCCGCCGAUGGCAAAUGCAGCAAUAUUAGCAGCGAAGGUGCUGAGGCGCUAAAAGAUACUGACUGCGGCAGUCGUGGCGGCAGUGAUAAGUCUGAGAAGUCCUUAAGCUCCUCAUGUGACGUGACCAGUCAAACGGUCCAGGCGGCAUCCGCCACACAUUCGGAUCCCCCUACCCACUUUAAACGCGAGCCGCACUCCGAUCACGAAGGCUCCAUGGAGCGCCAACAGUGCAGCAGCGCUGUCCGCGAUAAUGAAGCGCGCUGCUCCAGUCGUGAUCGCGAGGACCAACCACCCAUUGCUGCUUCUGUUACCACCGCCGCUGAGGGCAGCUUGGCAGCAGCCGCUGUCGCUGCAGCUACAGCUGCUACUGGCAACGGAAAGGCUACUUGGAGCUAUCCAGGCAUCGAUCUGAUGGCCACUGGCGCCUUCUGGCAAAAUUAUUCGGAAUCCCUCGCACAGGAGCUGGAAAUGGAGCGCAAAACACGUGCAGCGAAUGCUGAGCGCGAUGUGAAAAGUCCUUUGUCGGAGAGGCCGACGGCAUAUUACAAGAACUCGGUGCUCUUUGGAAGUGCCAACUAAGCUUCUAAUGCGGUCAGCUUUUGCCAAAGGCGACAAGGAUAUUUGAUCUCAAAGUGCAAUCCAGGUGGCGGCAUUGAGAAGUGCGCGUCUUGUGAGCGCGGCCGGACCAAAAUGCAGAACUCCAACAUUUUAGAGCAAUCUUAUGUAUAUACAUAUAUAUAUAUUUUAAGAAUUUAAACCAGUUAUGAAUAUUGAGAAUGUUCGUGCGAAAAGCGUUGGAACGGCUAUUUGUAGAUACUUUUAAAUAGCGAAAAUAAAUUACUUCCGAUACCAAGAUAUAAAGCAUAGAUAUAACCCAGUUGAAUGCUUUAGAUUUAUGGAUAGCUACUAGCAUUUUGUAUAUAGGCAUGUAAAGGCUUUUAAAAGUAGUGCAGGGCUGCCUUUAUUGGCUUCUACUAGUUGACAUAUUUAGCAUUGAGAAUCAAGCCACACAUUUUAUCAUAGCUUCGAACUACAAAAGCUUAAUAUAUAGUUUGUUAUACGUACCUAUGUAUGUAUAAAUAUUUUAAAAGGCGCUUUCUAGUGUUUUAAAUAGGUAUUAAAAUAUUGGUACUGGCGCGAGUAAGCUGGAGUUAAUUUGUUUUAAUUUAUUUAUUAGCUUAGAAACGCAUUAAGCUAUAUUUAGCUAUAUUUUAUAAAGUAAACACUUCAAGUAUUUCACAUGCUUACCCAUUAAACCAUAUACAAUUUAAAGUAAUAAUAAUAUAUAAAUUAAUAUAGAUAAUUAGACAUAAAUACACUCUUAAUUGAAAAAUGUGUUAUAAACUCGACAUUAAAUAUAUAUUUUAACGCUUCAUAUGCUAUUAUAUAUAUACUAAAAAUAUAAACAUUACAUUAAAUUUAGUCACAAUAGUCACUAAACAUAAUAUUUAAAAGAUAAUACUAUACAUUGAAACAAUAGUGUUAACUAAUUGUGCAACAUUUGUCGCUCGCUGCAAAAAUAUACAAAUUAUUACAAUAAAUACCAUUUAAAUAAUGCAGAAAAAAUACAGAAAAUCAGCAACCAGAGAAAAGCAACCCUAACAAAAAGUGAAGUUUAACAGUAAUACAUAAUAAAUUAUUAUUGCAAAUGCAUAAA